UGUUCUCGAUUUUCGGCGUGUUUUUAAGGCCGGACAAAAUUACCAUUUAUAGAUAGUCAUUUAAAAAAAUAAUUUUGAUUUUUUUACAUCACAUUCUGUGUGAGAUCUUCCCUUUUGAAACUUAUUCAUCGUUUUUGAAAAUAUUUUCGAAUAAAUAUGGCUUUACAUGUCCCAAGGGCACCCGGUAUAUCGCAGAUGUUUAAAGAAGGCACAAAGCAUUUUUCUGGAUUAGAGGAAGCUAUUUGCAGAAAUAUAGAAGCUUGUGUCCAGUUAGCAGAUACAUUACGAACAACCUACGGUCCAUAUGGAAUGAACAAAUUGAUCAUUAAUCAUCUGGAAAAGAUGUUUGUGACAAGUGAUGCAGCUGUGAUCCUUCAUGAACUUGAGAUUCAACAUCCUGCUGCGAAAUUAGUUGUCUUUGCAUCCGACAUGCAAGAACGGGAAAUUGGAGAUGGAACAAGCUUCGUCAUUAUUUUUGCAGGAGCUCUUUUGAAAAAUGCUGAGGAAUUACUCAAAAUGGGAUUGGCACCUUCUGAAAUUAUUCAAGGAUAUGAACUAGCUUUGGAAAGAACACUUGACAUUUUACCAAAUUUAAUGUGCAGUGAAGUAAAGAACACCUCUAAUGAAGAAGAAGUUGUGAAAGGAAUUCAAUCUGCUUUGAUGAGCAAAGCUUAUGGGAAUGAAAAUUUUUUGGCUCAUUUAAUAGCAAAGGCUUGUGUUUUAGUCAAGCCUGAACACACUGCAUUUAAUGUGGAUAAUGUAAGAGUCUGCAAAAUUUUGGGAUCAGGAGUUGAUUCUUCUGAAAUAGUGCAGGGCAUGGUAUUCAAAAGGAUGGUUGAAGGAGAUAUACAGAAAAUUGAUAAUGCUAAAGUUGUAGUGUUCACAUGUCCAUUUGAUUCAGCGCAAACAGAAACAAAGGGAACCGUGCUAAUUAAAUCUGCAUCUGAACUCUUAGAUUACUCAAGAGGGGAGGAAAACUUACUAGAGCAGCAAGUGAAAUCCAUUGUUGAAGCUGGAGUAAAUGUAGUUGUAUCUGGAGGAAAGUUUGGUGAUAUGACUUUACAUUAUUUAAACAAAUAUGGAGUAAUGGCUGUUCGUUUACAAUCUAAAUUUGAUGUUAGAAGACUCUGUAAAACAGUUGGAGCAGUUCCCUUACCGAAAAUUACUCCACCUUCUCAAGAAGAAAUUGGAUUCUGUGAUCAAGUGUAUGUUUCUGAAAUUGGAGAGACACCUGUUAUUAUUUUUAAACAAGACAAUAAGCAGUCUCGGAUUUCUACAAUUGUUAUUCGAGGAUCUACUGACAGUUUGAUGGAUGAAUUAAAUCGUGCUAUUGAUGAUGGAGUCAAUAAUUACAAAGCCCUAACUCAGGAUGGUAGAUUAGUUCCUGGAGCAGGUGCAACAGAAAUUGAAUUAGCAAAACAAAUCACAAAAUAUGGUGAAACUUUACCAGGUCUGGAGCAGUAUUCAGUGAAAAAGUUUGCUGAAGCUUUGGAGUCUUUACCUAAAGCCCUUGCUGACAAUGCUGGACUAAAGUCAAAUGAAGUUAUUUCAAAAUUAUAUGCUGCCCAUCAAGAAGGUAACAGAAGCAUUGGAGUUGAUGUGGAGGGGGAACAGGCUGUUAAAAAUGUAGAACAAGCAGGUAUUCUUGAUCUUUACAUUACCAAGCACUGGGCAAUCAAAAAUGCAGCAAAUGUUGUUGCAACUAUUUUGCGAGUUGAUCAGAUAAUUAUGUCCAAGCCUGCUGGUGGUCCCAAGCCUAAGAGUGGCCCCGGAAAUGAUCCUGAUGAUGAUUGAUGAUCUUUUGUAAUAGACUUAAUCAAAAUUCUUGCUACAUUUGUCAAAGCUGUUUUGACGCUUGUCAAAUUGCUUACUAACUUUCAAGACAUAAACAUUCAUAAAAUUAUUUUGCAAAGCUCAUUCUACUUCACUGUUCAAGGUUGAUGCAAAAAAAGAAAUGUAUUUAUAGAAAAUAUCAUCUUUUGUUAUUUUACUCUUGUACUCUUUUGAAAAGGGAAAGUGAUUUUUUUGUAUCAUUAACUGUAGGAAUAAAUCUUGCAGUUAUGUAUA